GUCAGCUAUGGCGGUACAACAUUCUGCUUCCUUGAGUUUUAGACUGUGAAAACCUUGAAAAAUUACGUGUUUUGCAAUUUGUUAUUCGAAUUUUAUAAAUGCUUAUAUAAAGAUGAAAUUAUGGUGAGUGUUUUGGCCUAUUUUGGCUCGUCUAGACGGCGUUAAAAGCUUCAUAUUCGUCAAGAAACAACUCUUCUACUGGAGUCUAUGUUGGCUUGUUCCGGUAGCGAAUGUUUUUGUUACUGAAUGGCAGCUAACAACUUGGGUAUGAAAGCCGACCCUGAGAAGCUCUUUUCAAAGCUUGAGCGAAUCGGAAAGGGGUCCUUUGGCGAAGUUUAUAAAGGUAUUGAUAACAAAACCAAUGAAGUGGUGGCGAUAAAAAUUAUCGACUUAGAAGAAGCAGAGGAUGAAAUAGAAGACAUCCAGCAAGAAAUUACAGUGCUAUCUCAAUGCGAUAGCCCCUAUGUCACUAAAUAUCAUGGAUCAUACUUGAAGAGAACCAAAUUAUGGAUUAUGAUGGAGUAUUUAGGAGGUGGAUCAGCACUGGAUCUUAUGAAAGCUGGCAACAUCGAAGAGUGGUACAUCGCUACCAUUUUACGAGAGGUUCUUAAAGGUUUAGAUUAUUUACACUCUGAGAAGAAACUACACAGGGAUAUAAAAGCUGCCAAUGUCUUACUAUCAGAGAGUGGAGAUGUUAAACUAGCUGACUUUGGUGUGGCUGGUCAGUUGACAGACACAUUAAAUAAAAGGAACACGUUUGUCGGUACACCAUUCUGGAUGGCACCGGAAGUCAUCAAGCAAUCAGCCUACGACUCUAAGGCUGAUAUCUGGUCACUAGGGAUAACAGCAAUUGAGUUAGCAAAAGGUGAACCGCCCAACUCUGAUCUUCAUCCAAUGAGAGUGYUAUUCCUUAUUCCUAAAAACAACCCCCCUGAACUGACAGGCAACUUCAGUAAAGCAUUUAAAGAAUUUGUAUCCUUGUGUUUAAAUAAAGAUCCUAACGAUAGACCUACAGCUAGAGAACUCCUCAGACACAGAUUCAUAAAAACUGCCAAGAAAAAUUCUUUCCUGGUUGAAUUAAUAGAACGGUAUAAAAGGUGGAAACUUAACCAUGUUGAUGAUGAUGAUAGCAGUUCAGGGGAAGACAGUGACGGAGAAAAUGAAAGAGACUCUACUUCAUGGGACUUCCCAACAAUAAGAGGAAAAGCCCCAUCAGGGCUAAAUGAUUCUACUGGAAAUGGAGAGAUAGUUACAGAUAUAAAAAAGGCUGAAACAAAGCCCAAACGUCCAGUUUCUAGAAGUUUAAACAAUGUUCUUGGCCCUGUUUUCUUAGAGCUCACAGCUAAAAAUGGUAAUCAAACCAAGGUCAUUCAGGAUUUACAAGACGCAUUCACUGCAGCAGAGGAUCGUAUGCCUGGUAUAAGUGAUAGAAUAGUAGAGAAAAUUGUUAAAAGAAUCAAUAGCUCAUAGCAAUGUUGCUGAACACUAUUUCACAUCCAACUCAUCACAAAAUUAUCACUACAAUGCAGAGCCAAUUAAAUACCCUACAAAUCAAAAAACCCACAAAAUGGCUAGAAUAGAACGAUGAGUGAUUUUCUAUAAUGGUCGUAAGGUUUGCCAAUUUGUAUAUUUUCUUACUACACUCAGUGGAUUACACACAACUAUUGUCUAUAAUGACACUAAUGCUAGACUCUCGCACCUAGCACUAAAUAAACAAUGGAGCAUAAGAUUAGUGACCAGAAACUCAGUUCUCCUAAAGGGUUUUUGAGUUUUAAAUGAGAAUGAUUGGCAUAAGUAAAAUUUUGUAAAACCUCCUGAUGACAAGUAAUAAUUGUUUUCUUUAUUUCUCCAAAAUUCUGUAAAAUAAUGUUUUUUUAAGUGAAUUAUUGUUCAUUUUCAAUAUUUUAUAAAAUAAAACYUAGUGCAAAAUCUUCACUGACAUUUUAACUUGAUGAAAAGCAAAGGAUGAUGUUUUAAGUGUAGUUAGAUCAGACAGCAUUUUGUUUUCAAMUUUUUGUCAUCAUUUUCCCUUGCUAUCCCAAGACACUCUAAACUUUUAGAAAGCAUUCUCCUAAUGCAACAUAUCAAGAGUAAUUGAAAACAAACUGGUAGCUGGUCUAUUACGUCCUUGAAGGAGUAUUUCUCUGCACUAAAACGGCUUUCAUUGCUUUUUCAUCUAGUUAUAUAUUUGACACUAUUUUUUCUUUACUAUGGUGUAACUAGUAAGGGCCCAUCCACUUAAAAAGGGAUAUAUAUUUGGAAGUCUACACGUACUGUAUUAAUGGAUUGGGAAUUGAAUGAGGAAAAGAACAGACUGUUAGGUUUGAUUUCCAUUAUAAUUUCCCCAAUCACCAGCGAGGGUGCGCAGGCAGUUGAAAUAAUGGCAACGAAACGGAAAAAAUUGAUAUUGUAACCUUGCUCGUGAUUGGUGUCGUUAUUUGGUAAAUCGGGGUAUAGAAAAAAACACAAUAUGACAUCGUCUGUGAAAGAAUCUCUUCAACUUCUCCCUUAGUUCCAAAGGACACGAGGCGAGACGUGUGAAAUUCAUUACGCUUCAAACUUUGUAACCGAUAGAAUGAUCUUAAACCCGUKAAAYAGAWAUAAGACUAUGAAAUAUCUUGCAUUAUAAAGGAAUUCCUUGCACGGACGAUGAAAAUGUGUGGUUAUUUAUACUUUUUUCAUAAGUGCGUGAAACACAAUUUGUUUCACGGGCCUAUGAAAUCCUAAGAGGGUUUUGUGAGCUAAAAACUAAUGUACGUAGGGUCUUCCUCUUGGCCAAGAGGAUGCUAGAAGGGUCUCCAUUGGGAAAAAAAUACAAAAUACAAUUGAAAUACAAUUUGUUUCACGGGCCUAUGAAAUCCUAAGAGGGUUUUGUGAGCUGAAAACUAUAAUGUACGUAGGUUCUUCCUCUUGGCCAAGAGGAUUCUAGAAGGGUCUCCAUUGGGAAAAAUGAAGUGUUGUCGGCGUGGGAGACUAGAACUUGAACUAAACUGUUUGACUUCAUCCUGUUUUGCAUCAAGACAAUUUCUAUGAUUUGGACUGUAUUAUAGACUCUAGUCUAUUUAUGAAUCAAGUCCCCUUAUAAUUGAAAGUAGCUAGUAUUUGAACCUUAUCAACGCUAUGAUCCACUGAGUAACAUCUGGCAUWUCUAUGUAAAUAGGACAGUUAGUAGGAGAGAGCCCCUCCCUCUUGGAGGGCGUAUUUUCUAUUUUUUGCUCACUAUGCAAGAAUGAGCAAACAAGUAAAAUUCUUGUCUUUGAUACGGCUUUUUCCAAAAGACAAACUAUUGUAAGUUCUUGUUACCUUUGAUUUAUAAGCAUUACAUAAAGAGAUUAUUCUUCUCUUGRCGAUAAA